AUGGGUAAGGCCAGAAAGCCAAAGCUACACCGAAAUCAAGCCAACCCCACGGGGCUGAUGGACGUGAGUGCGCUCAUCGAACGUGGGCUAGCGGCCGACGAAGAGGAAAAAUCUGGUACUCCGAUCGAGGCGAUCGUCGAGCAGCUGGAGUCGUCGGUAACGGAAGAAAAGCUGUGCGGCCUGCAAUCGCUUGCCACGAUCUGCCAGGGGGAGGUAAAUUUGGCCGAAGUGGUAGAGAACAACCUGAUACGUAUCUGUUCGGCACUGCUGGUCGAUUCGGACCAGAGUGUCCGGCAUGCGACCGCCGGAGCACUGCGGAACCUGUCUACCCUCAGUGUGGAACUGUGCGAGUUUAUGGUCGAUCAGGACGUACUUACUCCGCUGCUUGCCCUGCUGCACCGGUACACUGGCGGAUCGCAAUGGACUCCUAAAUUCGAUUCGAACAUGCAAAACCAAAUGGACGAACACGCGGACACGUUCCUGCAGGCGGUCAACUUGUUGUGGAAUCUUUGCGAAAGCACAACCGACGCGUUGAACGCACUCAACCAAACACAGGUGCUGGAACGCUUCGUUGCCUUCCUUGACCACACUGUUUACGGCCACGAAAUCACGAUCGCCGUAGCACAAUGUUUGCUAGUCGUGUCGGAAGACAACACAACCUGCUGGCAAGUACUGGCGAACCAUGGGUCGGAACUUUCUUCGCUGCUCGUCCUGGAAGGGUUAGACAAUGCAGCGAUCCUUCUUCGUACGGUUGCUGCCGGCAUCAUUUGCAAUGUGCCCGCUCUACUGAGCAGUCAUUUGGGCCCGAUUUUGCUUGCCGUCUCUAAGACACUCGAGCCGAACCAUCGGACGGCGCUGGGUAAUAUGACCAGUAUGUUGCCUCUGCUUCCGUCCAGAGACGUGGUUGACCUGGAGGUGAUGGACGACAUGCCGAUCGAAGAAGAAACCGAAGCCCAAUCACAUCAGCGACGCCGCAAGGCUGAUCUCCCGUCGGAGGGAGAGCAGGAAGUGCGUAGCGUUGGCUGGUUGCUGCAGGCACAAAGAAUAGCGGCCGAAAUAAUGACCAACAUUUGCUCGACCGAUGACGAUGACGGCGAUGAGGAUGGACAGCGAGAGGGUAGUGACAACGAGAAUAACGGGUCCGAUGCGGAGAGUGUGUGCGAUUAUGAUGCAGCAAAUGAGCUGAACGGGAGCGUAGAAAACACUGACAAAGUUCCGGUCGAAGUGCUGGAAGCUAUCCGAUCGCUGGGGCUGGUAGAAAAGCUGUGGCAAAAGGCUCAACCAGUGCCAGAGAACGUGCAACAGAUUUUGAUGGAGUCGGAGCGUGGCACACAGAAAAAGCUGGACUCGUUGCGUAUAUCGGCCAUGCUGUGUUUGCACAAUCUGUGCAACAACGUCACGACGGAUGAUCUGGGUGGCCCGGCUGCCGUUUACAGUGUGUGGAUUGAUCUGGGCCAGCAAGUGUUUCAGGGACAGCACAAUGUGAAGCUGCUGGAGGCCUCCACUUCGCUGAUGCGCGCCACGCUGGAACAUCUCCGCCCGAACCCGGAACUUUUCCAUCAGAUGACGGAAACGGAUCUACAGUUGAUGCUAAACGGUGUGGUUGGCUGCGAGGACGCGGAAAUACGUGCGAACUGGCUACGAAUGCUGGGCAUUCUGGGUUGCCUACUGCCGGAAAAGCUGGUAAAAACGAUCAUUGAUUUUGUGCUCAAUACCUGUGCCACCGAGGACGACGUGUGGGUGCUGGCCGAAGCACUGGACUCGCUCAUGGAUGUAUUCGCCGACAACGAUUGGUAUGCGAUCGUGCACGAGCUGGGAAUGGUAGCGAAGUGCAAGCAGCUCGAUCGCGCUAUGCGAGACAAGUUGAGGCGCAACAAGCGACAGCUGGGCGAUCGGUAUCCGGCGGUGACGACGGUGCGCACGAAUUUGGGGCGGUUUUGUAAAUAUCUCGAGACGGAGAUGAAAAAAUACAAACCGCAAUUGGAGGCGUAAGCGAGCGGGCGAUGGUCACGGUUUGGCUUGCCAAUCGGCAUCGAUGCAAUCAUAUUGUUAACUAUGCAUGUACGGAUAUACAAU